AUGAAUUACAUGGCUAGCAGGGAGGGCUCCCUGUGGAUGGGCAGUCCUGUGCGGUUCUUCCUGAACCACUCCAACGCCAACAAACAGGCGGGCGAACACUCAGUGUUUGUGGGUGACUUGGACGCCAGCGUCGAUGACGAGAUGCUGUACAAGGCGUUCGCCAGCCGCUACAGCUCGGUCAGACUCGCCAAAGUGGUGCGCGAGAAGGAGACGGGAGCCAGUCGCGGCUACGCCUUCGUGCGUUUUGCCGCCCAGGCGGACUACAAGGACGCGCUGGGACACAUGAAUGGAUUCACGGGACUGGGCAGCAAGCCGAUACGGGUCAGCCAGGCCGUACCGAAGCAGCACACUGCCAGCGCCAACUCCGAGGGGGGCGCGGACAAUUCGGCCUCCGCCGCCGCAGACGACUACACGGCGUACUACGAGCAGUACUGGCAAAACUACAACGCCUGGCAGAACUACGCGAGCUAUGACCCCAACGGAGCCAAUGUUGCCAGCUGUUCGUAG